ACAACACUAUUUCCGCUACGGUAGCCGAUACACUGACGUCCAUUUUGCUCGUUUGUUGGUGCGAGCGUCCUUGAUUUAUGAGCUACCUUUAUAGCCUGCUCAUCGAAGUUUGAAUAAUGGAGGGAGCACCAGGAGGUGGUAGAGGUAGUUUUCGAGGCCGUGGAGGCCCGGGUGGAGUAAUGAGGGGACGCGGCGGUUUUGGAGAGAGAGGAAGAGGUGGUCCUCCUCGAGGUGGUAGCAUGAUGCGUGGUGGACGAGGUAACGGGCCUGGCGGGAGAGGAGGUCCUCCAAUGAGAGGCCGAGGUGGUCCUCCUGGCAGAGGUGGACGAGGUGGACAUUUUCCUCCAGGAAGUUUGUCCUUAGGAAUGGGUGGUCCUCCACGAGGAGGUGGCGGUAGGGGUGGUGGUAGUAAUAGCUUCCGUAGCAGAGGCAGAGGCGACUUCGGCAGGGGAGAUAGCCGCGGAGGUAGCAACAACUUCCGAGGUCGCGGCAUGGAUAGAGGUAGAGGAGGAUCUAGAGGAGGAUCAAGCAGAGGUGGACCCAGCCGUGGUGGCUUUGAUCGUGGUGGUCGGGGGACUGGUGGUGGACGUGGCGGUCCUACGAAACGAGGAGGAGGUCCACCUAGCUCGAGUGGACCUUCCAAAAGGCCGCGUUUUGAUCAGCCGUCUUCCCAACCAUCUAAUGGUUACGCCACUCAACCUCCUAGCCAAGGUUACGGAGGUUCAAGUAACGCUUACAGCAGCCAACAACCGCAGCAACAACAGUCCGUAGGAUACGGUAGCGGUGGCUAUGGCUCACAACAAGGCUACACGCAGUCUUAUCAGGGCUAUGAGAGUUAUCAGCAGCCUCAGGAUUACGGACAAACGGGUUAUCCACCGUCCGCAGCAGAUAGCAGAUAUGGCGGGGCGUCAUCGGUUCCAGCUGCAGGAUUCGGCGCUAACGAUCCGUACAGUUACGGCAAAGCUCCGCCGUCAGCCGAUUACCAGCAGGAGGCAGUGUCAUCCGCGGGACCGGGGGGCGGGGCCGGUUAUGUCUCAGCUAACCCAUAUGACGACCGAUCUAAUGCCAACAUAAUCAACCGGGGUUAUUCGACGCAACCUUAUGAUUAUCCGAGUCAGGACGGUGUUUAUGGGAAACAGGACUAUGCACGAGAAACAGAGAAAAAGUGGACGAGAAACACGCAAAAAACCAGCAACUGCCCUAGGAAGACAAGCUAAUCAAAAAGACU